AUGGGAGGUGGAAACAAGCAGUGCGGCAACGACACCAACAGCAGAGGCCUUGGGGGCUACUACCCAAGCGCCUACUCGUCUCCGCCCAUCGCGUACCCUGCAUACCCCCCUCCACAAGCCGGGCAUGGAUGCCCUCCUGCCUAUUACCCUCCACAGCCACAGGGAUAUGGGCAUGGCUAUCCAUCAGCAGGAGCAUACGGGUGUCCACCCUCCAGCUAUCCCCACCAUCAAGGUGGCUAUCACGGUCACGGAGGAUCUUUGCUUGUUGCCGGUGGUGCGGCGGCGGCGGCGGCCUAUGGCGCGCAUCACUUGAGCCAUGGCCAUCACGGCCACGGCGGAUACUACCACCGUCCUGCGGGUUACCAUCAUCACUACGGCGGCAAGUUCAAGAAGCAUGGACGCUACGGCUAUGGGUAUGGCGGCAAGUUCAAGCAUGGCAAGCGCAUGCGUCUCUUUGGAGGGAAGCAUGGCCUCUUUGGUGGAAAACACAAGUGGAAGUAG